GUUUAGAAGGAGAAAUAACGGGAUAAAUUGCAAGAAAAUACGGGAUAUGCAUCAACGUAUUCACGGCAGAGGAGGAAACAGUUCAUUUUCGGGAUCGUUUCAUGCCAGCCGGCUGGCAAUGGUAGAUGAGAAGCAAUAUGAGCAAAUCAUGGAAAAACCGAGAGAAGAGCGGUCAUAUUUGGAGUUUUAUACGAAUUUUAAUAUAGAAGAGCCUCUUAGAAUUAUAUAUUCUAAAGAGGAUCAAGUAUCAACAGGAGCAUCAGUAACAGAUGCAGCAAAUAGCACAGAGACUCAUAAACUAUGUGAGGAAUUGAACCGGGAAAAUGAAAUUGAUAAGGAUUAUGAUAAAUGUUUAGGGACAAAAAUAACAAAAAAAGAAAAACAAGUAUUUGAUUCAGAUAUAUCAUUAUGUAAUAUUUCGAAACAAGAUAAGAAAAUAGGAGCAAAAGAUGAGGAAUCAAAGAAUACGGGAAAUCCAUGUAUUGAAGAGUCAUCAAAAUUUUCGUUUCGAAAUAUUCAACCUUUUGAAAAAGAAACAAGGUAUACAGGACGAUCGAUGAUGGGAUAUGGAUAUGAGGAAGCGGGUAUUUGGAGUAGACCUUCAGAUACGUAUAUUAGAUUCGUGGAAGAAUCUAGAGAAACUUUAGCAAAUAAAGUUGAAUAUGACAUGGAUGAACAAGAUGAUUUUUGGUUAGAACAAUAUAAUUCGAAAAGAUUAAAGUCAGAAGGAGAUACUAUAUCACAUGAAUUUUUUGAAAUUGUAUUAACAAAAAUAGAAAAAGAAUGGAUAGAACUUGAUAAAAAAAUACCUAAAGAUAAAUCGAAAGAAAAUUUAUCUCCUGAUGAUUCAAAAUGUUCAAUUUGUGAUGAUGGAGAAUGCGAAAAUGUUAAUGCUAUAGUAUUCUGCGAUGGAUGUAAUUUAGCUGUUCAUCAAGACUGUUAUGGCAUCCCAUAUAUACCUGAGGGACAAUGGUUAUGUAGGAAAUGUCUAAUAUCUCCUCAAAGUACUUUGAAUUGCAUUUUUUGUCCUAAUACCACAGGCGCCUUUAAGCAAACAUCAGAUAACAGAUGGGCACAUUUGCUCUGUGCUAUUUGGAUUCCAGAAGUUACAGUUAUGAAUACUGUUUAUCAGGAACCUAUUGAUAAUAUUCACAAAAUUCCAGCUUCAAGAUGGAAACUUAUAUGUUAUAUUUGUCAGCAAAGAAUGGGCGCGUCAAUUCAAUGUGUAAAUAAGUCUUGUUAUAGAGCUUUUCAUGUUACAUGUGCACGUAGGGCAAGAUUAUACAUGCCUAUGAAGAAAAAUAGCACAGAAUUAAAAGCUUACUGCGAUAAACAUGUUCCUAGUUUUUGGCGUAAUGAACAUAAUAUUAUGAAGUUUCUUCAUGAAACUAGAAAACAUUUUUUAUCUUAUACGCCUUCAACUUCUCAAUUCGUAGAAAAUAAUCAUAAUUCUAAUCAUAUACACGGAUCAUCAUCUAGAAUCUAUAUAAAUUUAAAAAAAACAAGAACAUACCCUCUUAUACCGGUAUAUAUUCAAAAUAGAUUAUUGGAUUAUAUACAUAAAUUCCCAAUCAGAAAAAAAUCGGUAUUUAUUACAGAUAUUUGUAAAUAUUGGUCUCUGAAAAAAGAAUCAAGAAAAAAUGCAUCAUUAAUAAAAAGAUUACAAUUAAAAACUGAGAAUGAAAUUCAUAAUCUUUCAACAGAUCAGAUUACGGAAAGAAUUGAGUUUGCAAAAAUCUUAAAACAAGAUCUAGAAAAAUUAUUAGAAUUAACUGAUUCGGUUAAAAAACGUGAAGAAGAAAAAAAGAAGAUUUCAUGUUAUUUAGAAACAGUGGCUGAUACAGUUUAUUUUCCUAUUACACAUAUUAUUAAAUAUAUAUUAAACUGUAUUGAAAGAUGGGAUAAAAAUAAAUUAUUUUCAAAUGUUCCAAUUGAUACUUUUAACUACAAUCCAAUAAAUGGAAUGCCUGUUUCUUUAUCAAUGAUUUCUGAGAAAAUUGAAGAUCGAGAAUAUGCUAAUCUAUUACAAUUUAAGACUGAUCUGAUGCAUGUUUUUGACAAUGCUAUAAAAUACAAUGACAACAAUACAAUAUAUUAUAAAACAGCAGUAAGAUUUAAACGACAAUGCGAAAAAUUAUUUUUGGAUGCAGAAAACAUAUCUUUUUUAAAAAUGGAAAAUGAGAGAAUGGUAUCAGAUUGGUCUAUUUUUGAGCCAAAGGGGUUGUCUAUAAAAGAAUACGCGCAAGUUUGGCCAGGAGAUGAUAUUAGAACAAUGUCUCCACUUUCUGAAAUUACUGACGAAGAAUUUAACCUUCUUGAACGACAUGUAAAUAAGAUUCAAAAGAAAGACAAUCUCAACAAACAAAAUAUGGAAAAUGAUAUAGAAAAGAAAAAUACACAUAAUUUACGAAGUAGAUCUCAAAGAUCCAAAUAAUAUAUCAAUGUUUAUAUGAAUAGUCAUAAUAUAUUCAUAUUUACAAUUUAU